AAUCCCCCUGCAUAGCCCAAUAUUUCCCACUACGCUUUGCGCGCCACAUGUUCGCCAUUUUGUUUUCAAGAACAACUGUCUACGUCUUUGGGCGAGUUUUUCAGCAGGAAAUUCAGCCUUGUUCUGGUCAGAAUUUCACCGGAGAAGGAUUGAAGGCCAACAUGAUGUGGUAUUCAGUCACAGGUCCCAAGCGGUGACCCUGAAGAGGAGAUAUGAGUGACCCGUCCUCCAGUCCGAACACUCCCGGCCGUCACUCCAACAUGGCGCACAAGUUCUCCAAAAAGCUCCCGAGCGUGGAGAGAGACUCGGAACCCAGCCCUACCCCUGCGGCUUCCCACGAUGCACCUGAGAACGCUAACAUGGCGAACAGUCAGGCGGCUUCCACGGCCAAGAAGAAGAGUUGUUUCCAGAUCACCAGUGUGAAAGGCCCGGGGAGCGAAGGAGAAUCUCUCGCGGACGGGUACGAAAGUACGGAUGAGCUUGACGAUACGUCGCGCACAGAAGACCUUUCGUCUGACAUGUUAGAUUCGUCCAUGAAGACGUCGGAUAUGGAAGUAGACGGAGCGUCGUCAGGAUCGGAAGAUACCCUGAACCAGUCAGAUACUGAAAGCCAGACUGGGUCGGUUUAUACCAAUGGAGUGUCCCGUUUUAGGGUCGUCAAAAUAGAACCAAGCGUGCCCACAAAACGAGGGAGGUGGGUUUGUACAGAUUUCACGGACCAACAGUUGAAUAAGGAAAAUGUCGGGAUCAAGGCAGAUUUUUCGGACCUGAGAGUCAAUGAGGACAAAGAGGGAGGCGGUUCGGGAAGCUCCAGUGCGGCUAGUUCGGUACAUUACAUCCCCGGACAGGAUCCCAAUGCUGAGAACCCAAUCGGAAUGCCGUUGGAGAGUGUAAUAUCACAGGGGGGUAUGAUGGGGGGUCAGGGCCAGCCUGGGAUGUCCCAAGUGCAGCCCAAUGUCUCCCAAAUCCAACCCACCCAUCCCCAAGGACAGCCAAACGUUUCUACUCAACAGCCACAGUCGGUCACCCCCAUGGCUCCAUCCAAAGGGAAGCCCGAGUUCACCAGCCAAAAUAGCAUGGAGGGUUUCUCGAAGGACGUUGCCGCCAGUCUUCAGCCAAUUCCAAACUCGGCCAACCUUUCCACGGCCAGGACACUGCCAGGGUCAUCCCAGAGUGCUGCUAUGGACUCCGGUAAAGUCUACAAUUAUCACGACAGAUGGAAUUACAGCGCAGCCUCGCAGGCAGACUUAUCCGCUAGCAACCCCGCGGCGAUGCUAUUGGCCGCGGCGAUGGGUUCACCAAGAUUAGAGAACCCGCUAGAUUCUGGAGAGUUUCCUAUUGGCUCAGCGACAAUACACGCAGGAUCGCAAGGGAUGGCAGAUAACAGUGAAGAAGGCAGUCAGCAGGUCUAUCUGUCUCAGCUGCUGCCUUACACUGGUAUGACCACAUAUGACACCACUACAUGUGCUACGAAUGCUCCCAACGUGGUGGCAAUAGACAACAAGAUAGAACAAGCUAUGGAGCAGAACGCCAGCUCGGACGUCCUAGAACAGCUAAACACACUCCAGCCUCCCCCCUCACAGAACCAGCCACCAACCACAACGUCAUAGGGAAGGGGCAACGCUCCAACCCAGCGUUACCUGUAGAUAGUAGAGAAGCAAUGUAGGACACGGAAGGACCCCUUUUUGUACAGAACUGUGAAUACGUACAGAAUGAAUUAUUGAAAAGGUAGUAUUUUUGACGAGAGGGAAGGUAGGGUUUUCAGAGGCUGGUAAGCAAAAGAUGCAAUGUAAUGAUGACAGAAUGGCUGUGUUAGGUCACUAUGAAAUCCGUCUAUGUCAACAAGAAGUGCGGCAAUGUGAAGACUUGGUAUACAACUGCCAGUAAUACAAGGAACAUUAGCAUAAAGUCUAACUCAACAUCCUUGUAUAGUUAAUAGCUAUUGACUAAAAACGUUAAACAGUAUGAAGUAACUAAUUCUACUUUCCGUCAUGCGAAUGUGCUUAAAAUUGGAAUUGCUGUUUUUUGCUUCCAAGGAGAGGGCAUUGAAGCAUAUGGAAAUGUGAUAUUAUGAAAAACUUGCACUUUGUGAACAGCAAAGAAGGAAAGGCCUAUGAUUGGUCAAUGCGAAAAUCUCAUUACCUGAACCAAGGAUUAUGAUUGGCUAAAAAAAUCAAUUGCUCUUCAUGAUGAUUGGUUUUCAUAUUGUUGGACCUUUCAUGCUUGGAAUGCCAGUGAAAUGUUUCUGUUGUUAGAUGGGCAUUUUUACAAGCCAUGUGUCAAAUGUCUUAAGUAUUGACAGCGCUUUUUAUUUUAUUUUUACAAGUUUGUUUCUUCGGAUGUGACCAGCAAACUGGAAAAUAUUUUACUUAUGCCAAGCAUAAAGGUUGUGUUCCAAUUGGGAACAGUGCAAAACUUGGAAACAUAAUUGUUAAAAAUUUGCCUCCUUCAAAAACAGCCACAACUCUUGAGGAAUGUCUGUGUUAAGCAUUGUUUAUACAUUCUCCAUUGUUGCUUGGUUGUUAGUACAUACUACUUGUUGUCUCUUUUCUAUCUUGAGCCAUACCAACAGCAACUAAGCUAUCUUCUUCAUCUCAAACUACUUCAGCUAAAACGGUGUGUCACUGUCAAGGCAUGCCUCAACCACAUACAAGGAUAAAACCCUAAAAAAAUCUGUCAAUGAAAAAAGUGGCUUCUUGAAAACAAGUGUAGCUCAGCCUGCUGUUUGUUCUCUGUUUUGGAGAGGCACUUUUCUUGUCUUCUAUCCACUGACAACUUGGUAAGAAAUGUAAACUAGUAGGUUAUGAUGUAGUGCCUUGUAUCUGUUGAUGUAGACAGGCAAGGAACUGUGUUAUGGUAGGGGUAGGGUAGGGGUAGUUUUGAAGUCCAGUAUUUAUUUUAUAAUCUUACUCAUUCAUGUACUACAUGUAUUAAGUAUGUAACACUGAGUUUGAGCGUUACUGACUGUUUUAAGCAAGACAUAAUCUUUUCUUUGGCUGUCAUGAUCCUCAGCAUUAUUUUCAGGGAUUUGUAGUCAUUUUGUUCUGAAUCAGUUCAUGCUACAAUUUUGUGCAGAGUGCUGCUAAUUGCUGGGUCCAUACUAAAUCAUACUAACUGAUUGCCACAAAUAAUCUACCCCAUCCCUCCAGUGUAUAGGGAUCAGUGGGAAAAGGACUGACACAAGAAACUUAUUUGAAGCAUGAACAUUUAGGUAGUAUUUCAGUGAUUUUUAUUAGAUGAUUGAUUUGUAUUUCUACGGGAAGACAAAUCGUUCCAUCACAUAAUUGACAUGAUGUUUGGCUUGAACUGACAACCAUAGAUAUCUCCAACACUGAAAAAAAUAAUGUUACCAUGCACUCUCUUCUGCAACAUUUUUUUCUGAAAAGAAAAGAAAUCUGAAAAGAAAGCAGUACUUAAACACUAAAAAUUGAAGGAAAAACUUGUGUUUUUUCAUUCCUAAUUCCCAUUAUACUUAUUACUGGACUUUUAUGAUUAUGAGUAA